CACCUUUUGUGUGAUCAAAUCAAAAUAGAAAUAGAAUCGAAAUUAUUUUAUAAGCUCUCGUCUAGCGAAAAUGAAUCCGAAUCAGAAUCAGAAUAAGUACCCGAACCUCUGCCCCAAUUCGGAGUUCACCAAAAAGCUGUUGGUGAAGCGCAACGCCCAGAAGUACUUCGAUUCGGCCGACUACCAAAUGGCCAUGCAGUGGCAGCACGUCCCAGCCAAGGGGGAGGACUUACCGAUCACUGGCUCCCUGAUACCCACACCGGUAGCCAUUGCUGCCACGAAGUUGCCGCUGGCGGUGUCAAAGCUGGCACUGCCGCAGCAAUCCCAGUCGUUGCCAGUUACACCCAUGGAAACGGAAUCGUCACCCAUUGAUGACCAGCAGCCAGAGUCGAUGGAGUGGAUGUAGAAUCCCCCACAUCGCUCCUCUCACCUCCUCCUCCAGCACACACUUUUGUACACUGGCAAAGAAUCGAAGACAAGAAGCGGCUGAAACAGGAGCAUUCCCUGAUGUUUACACUGAGAGCUUUGGAGGGUUAUGGAACAUCGCUGGACACGUACAAGACAGACACUGACGAUCUGCACACUGUAAUAAAUAAUAAGGCCAAGGCACUAAGCCACCACUAGGCAGCAGCUGUUAGAUGCAUCCUCCCAAUCGACGAGUCUUGGUUGACGGAUCGCUGGGCCUCCCUGGCAGUAUGCUACGCUACACCACAAUUAAAGGCAGAACAUCUGCCAGGACAAUUCACAAUUCGUCAAAUUCAUUAAACAAAUGUACAACUUUUGGCAUGGCAUGGGAGGAAGAGGAAGAUGGCUGCAAUAAAUAAUACCGUAU